CAAGACGACAAAGCCGUGAGGACACUGGGAUUCAUCUCCGAACAGGAAGGUGCAGAGGAUGAUGGGAGAAACAGCAGCAGGGCUAAUGGUGGGGAGAGUGCCAGAAAUUGGCUGAUGUCAAACGUUUUGCAUUGGUUGUUGUGGAGGUUUCGACUUUUCAUUUCGAUGUUUGAUUUGAGACACCUUAAAGAUACCAUAAUGGAUGCGAACCCAGGGGGCAGGUCUCAACCUAUUUGCACUAUUUGUUUGAGGUUAUCCUGAAGUGCGCAUUCGAUGGACACUUUACUGUCCCUUGAGGCCACAGUAGAGGAUUUAUGAAUGGCAGUGAAGUGACACAACUGACUCUGGGCUGGAGUUAAGCUCAUCAGGAAUGUGGAUAGGAGCAACAUUGGACAUCCUUGGGGACUUCAUACUGGUAGACCUACUACUUCCGAUGAGAUUUUGAAGUGUGCAUCCAUUGGACAUAUUUCUAUCCCACGAUGCCACGGUAGAGGAUUUGUGAAUGGCAGCGAAGUGACACAACAAACACUGAUGCAGCCUUUGAUUACCUGGUUCAGAUGUGCACUGAAUUAUGAGGGUUGGAGCUAAACUCUGCAGGAAGGUAAACCUCUAGGAGCAGGAUUUGAUGUCCUUGGGGGGCUAUUUCCAAUGAGCGGAUCUUGAUAAAUGUUCAGCCAAGAGAAGUCUGACCAACCCAGUGCCAAGGUUUCUUCUAGAACACAAGCCUGGAAGAGGAAAUGUAUAAUGUGAGAACUUCCAUACUGCACCAUUUUGUAAUUGUGAGUUUUUAGACCCAUAUCUAAGAUGUCUGGAGAUUAUGUUGUAUAUUAUAUUGUGCUGUAUUUUGCUGUAUUGCAGACUAUUGUCUGGCCAUCUCAGGGUCGUCUCAGUGCUAAACUAGGCCAGUCAAGGCUUCUCUGCCCACCCUCCCUGAGACGGUCAGACAGCUAGCAUUGUUUCCACAUACAAUUUGCUUUGUGUUUGAGUGUGAGAGAGCUCUGUAACCCCACCGUGGAAAGCCUCAGAGAGAGCCCUGCCUUCAAGCAUGAAGGCUUCAAGAGAGCCCUUCCCUGCUGCUGGAAACCUCAGAGCAAGCCCUGCCCUGACGCCAGCUCUCUACUUCCUAUUGCUCUCCUAUUCCUUCAUCUCUGAGUUCUAAUCCUGCCAUCUCAAACCAGCAUCAGUUUACAUGCUAGUCCAGCUUUAUGUGGUUUAGUGCUGGUCUGAUGUUGGUUAGUGGCGAUUGACCAAGAAUGUCAUGCUGUUGUAGCUAGUUAAGAACACAUCAGCUUCCAAAACACAAUGUAACAGGUAAUUUGCAUAUACUUAAAUAUAUAAAGUGUUAACAGUACAGUAGCGUUAUAAUUGCCAGAAUGAAAGGGUCAGGUACAGUUGGCAAAUUUUUUGGAAAACUUAAAAAAAUGAGGACAUACUUUUGCAUAUUCCUGCAUAUUCUUGUCCUGCAUUGCUUUAUUGGCACCAUUUUCUUACUAUCACCAAUAUAAAUAAAUUUCAUUAUAUAUUUAUACUGUAUAUUACAUAUUUGUCAUAAUAUUAAUAGUAAUAAUAAUAAUUAUUAUUAUUGUAAUAUCAAAGAUUAUUUUUCAUUUAUAAUAUUUUUAACCUAUACACCAGACAUAAUAGGAUAGGGUUCUAAAUUACGAUCAUCAUCAUCCCCAUUAUCAUAAUUGAUAAUUUUUUUUUUUUUUUUACUGUAAUUUCAAAUAUUUUAACAAUAUAUUUAUUAUUAUCAUUAUUAUCACUAUUAUAUUUCAGUUUCAAAUAUUAUUUUGUAAUAAAUAAUAACAAUCUUUUUUUUUUUUUUUACCCUUCAGACAUAACGGGAUAGGGUUCUAAAACCACAGUUUAUUCACUAAACAGGACAAACCAUGAGGCAAACAUACAAGAACAGGCUAUCCAUCAACAGAACAGGACAAGCCACAGGAAGUUGUUGUGCAAACAGGAAGGACAGAAUGAAGAGUGGACGAUGACGUCCACAUAAGAGGAAAUACAAUAGUAUGCACCUUGGCAUCAUAUGCACUCCGUCAUCCAGUCAUCAUUGUCAUCGUCAUCUAGUCACACAUCCAGGCAUAUUAGCAGAAGAGAAAGAAAAGGGGAGUAAAGGGGAAAGAAGACGAUUGAGUCUCAUGAACCUUGAACUAGGAGGUGAUUCAGAGUUGUUUGGACUCUCAUUCUGACGGCACCCAUUCACUGCAGAGGAUCCAUUGGUUGUGAGGAGGCUGUAUUCUUCAGGGUGACCACCUCCCUGUAAUAUGGAGAGAUUCCAGUGACACUACAGCAUUGUGUGUGCUGAGGAAGCACAGUUCAGAAGAAAGCCAAAGAAACAACAUGAGGGCAUCCACACUGAAGCAACAUGACUUCAGCACCUCCUCACCCACCUCCCAUCCUCUCUUUCUCUUUCUCAGCGAGUUCAGCCCUGCCUUUAAGGGGAGGGUAAGAUAAGAGUCCACAUACAGACCCCUGAAAUCCUCCUCAGAGCCACAGUCCCAUAAUCAACACCGCACAGACGGCUCGCGCGGGGCCGCGCACGCGCUGGACACUGAUAAGAAAACUGCAAGACCAAGAGUUAUAUUUAGGCUAAACUUACAUUAACGCCGCUUUUAUUACAGACAAUGCGAAGACGAAGGGACCCUCGCGUGCUACACAUGGAUCAUCUUCAAUUGGAAAGACUUUUUUAAUAUAUAUCAGUUUUUAUAGCUUAUCAAGGGUGAUGUGGAGUUAAUAAUAAGUGAGGAGUUUAUAGCCAAUACCAAAACAAAGGGACCGAACGCGCAUCACUUUACUUUUUAAAAAUAACUUCUUCUUCUUCUUUUUUUAAAUUUUUUUUUAAACAGCCUAUAAAGUCUUGUUUGACUUUUAAGACAUUUUAUGUAAUCUGAAUGACUUUUUUUUAAAUGGCCAUGCCUGAACAGGUAGUUUAGAUUACCGUUCUCUCAGAUAAUAGCCUACCAAGAGACGUCUUUAUUGGACUGAACCAUGCAAAUGAAUGAUUAAAUAAACGCCAGCUGAGGAAUCCGGGAUUUUGGUGCUUCGCCUGGAAACAAACCUCUUCGCUUUAAUCCGCAAACUGCCUUUCAAAGGACUUCAAAUGGGCCACUUGCUCCUCAGAAGAGAGACUCAUUCUGCCGUGGAGGGCAAUUUGAAUGUUUGCGCACUGAGAGGAAUGUCGAGCCUGCAGAGCCGCUGAGGGACUCAGACUGCUGCUUAAUUAACCCGAUAUUUGCUCGCGAGUGGGAGCCCAGUGAGGAGCGUCUCUCGCGCGUCUCUCUAAAUGCGCGCUGUCCCGCGGAGCCCCGCAGCGGCACGGCAGCAAGAUGAGAUCGCGGAUCCCGCUUCUUCUCGCGGUACUUGCGGCGGCGUGUCUGCGGUUUGGCGGUGCGGAGGCUGAUCCUCUCCCGGCCGCUGUGGUUGAGUUGGUGAAGGGUGGAUCUGUGUCUUCUAUUCAGGACCUGCAGUUUUUGCUGUUCUCUGAAUCUAUAGAGGUUGAGCCGGACAGUCACCAUGACAAUGACACCAGCAACCGUCUGCCACGCAGUCUUCUGGACGCUCAGCCGGCUCAGCAAGCCAUCUGUAAGGUCAGGACCGAGGUCAUCGAGGUCACACGCUCCAUGUUGGACCGUAGCAAUGCAAAUUUCCUGUUGUGGCCUCCAUGUGUGGAAGUGCAGAGGUGCUCGGGCUGCUGUAACACCAAGAGCCUGCAGUGUGUGCCUAUACUUACACACACACGAUACCUACAGGUGAUGAAGAUACAGUACGUGAACAAGCGGCCGCUUUACAAUAAGGCUGUCGUCUCCGUUCUCGACCAUGUGGAGUGCCGCUGUCAGCCGGCUCCUCGGCCCGCUCAGCGCCGGAAAUCAUCCGGCCACAAACAAGAGGGACGGGAACGUUCUGGGAAACCUCGACCCAAAGAUGAGCUCCAUCGCAGGGAUGAACUCAAACACAACCAGAGGAUAAGCCUGGAAGACCUGCUUAGCCACAGCUGGCUGCCCAAAGAGAGGUUCUCUGAGCCAGGAUUCGGCCGGGACGGCUGGGGUCUGAACGAGACGCAGUAUGGAGGGGGCAAAGGUCAUCACCGUCACCCUGGGGAUGGAAGGAGACACGGCAAAACGAAUGACACAGCAACGACAGCUCCACUGCCGAAUCACACCGAGCAGGAAGAAACUGAUUUGUCAUUGCGUAACAUUACGCAAUUCGAAUCGCAGAGUAAUGCUAACCAAAGUAUAACCAAUCAGACAUCUGAUUUUACCAUAACUACAUUGGAAUUGACCAAUCAGACUUUUAUGCACCAGUCAAAUCUAACGCAAGAAAACGAACAAUUGCAAACAACAAAUCAGACAGACCAACUCACCUCUAACGCCACAGGAACAGCCAAUCAGAAUAGGGGAGAUGUGUUUCUGUCUGUAGAGGAGAGCGGUCAGAAGGUGAGAGGUGAGACUAUGGACGUAGAGGCGAAGGAGGAGGAGCGAGAGCAGAGACAAAUGGACAAAAAGGCCAAGGAGGAGGAAAUGGACGAGCUGCUGCUAAUGCACAAAAUCCUAGAUGAAGAAAAACACAAACAUCACCUCAAAGUGCAACACAUGAAUAUACAGCCAGAUGAGAAACUACAGCAGCUCCAUCACAAACAACACACUUAUACAACCACACAACGGACAGGAACUACAUCUCCUCCUGUGCAACAUCUCCCUCCACACAAACCCCCCAGACCACCUCCUCACCCCCCGAAAAGGAGGAGAAAACAGCGGAAUCGCAUCAGCAAAUCUGCCAUGAGAGCCCUGCUCAUGUAAAUCAAACAUACACAGAUAAUCAGAUGGAUGCAAUCUCUCCCAUAUGAGUUCUUAUUUAUAUAACCAGUGUGUCCUGGGACGUUUUCAGAAAACACCUGCACCCAGGCCAUUCUCACCUCUCAAAAACCUCCUAAUCUCUUUCUCUGCUCAAAGCCACAAGGACAAAGACAAUUCUGACACAGAAGAUGUUUGCAUGGAGGAAGGUUUCAGGUUCUCUUGCACCUGUUGAAGAGUCCCUGUACUCCUGUUGGCUCUUUGAAAGGACAUUCAACUUUCUAGGUUCAGAAGUGGGACUUGGGAAUCAUGUAAAUGCAGAAGUUCAGAACAUCAGAAGCAUGAAACACCUUUUGAACCCUGGACAGAGGAAGCGUAUGUCAGAGGAACCAAGUAAGAGCAUGACGCUAGAUCAGUAUGCAGCGUUAAAUAGCCUGUUCAGCACAGAACUGCAAAAUGUGGAAAAGAGUGGCUUGAAAAGACCUUGAAAAGAUUUCCUAUGAUCACUCACCUUAAGAUACAAACCGGUAGUUGCUCCUGUGCUACAUCUUACCUAUCAUUUUGAAUCACCCAAAAAAGCGGUUGCCAUUUUGUUGUAAAACUGAGGCUUGGAUUUCAAAGAUGAUAAAAGAUUCAUUGUUGUUUUUUCCCUGAUCCAGUAUUAUCAAAAAGAAACCUUUGGAAAAGCACACUAUCUCCAGGGAUGCAAUCAAAACAUUUUUUGUUGUUGUUUUAUGUCAUAUUUCAAACUAUAUGUUUUUACCUAAAACAGACAAACACAAAGAAUGCUUGAACAACUUUUGUAUUUUAAUAUAUUACCAGUCAAAAUCACAAAGUACCAUUGCUAUAAGUUGUUUUCAGUAUCAUUUGUUAUUAUUUAAGCGAUUCUUAACACUGGAAAUUCACACAGGAUAAAGCAAGGGAAUGCAUUUCUGUCUCAAUUAAUUCCUCAUACCUCUAAGAGUGUAAAGGUGCUACAUUAUAACACAAAGCAGUAAGAGUUUAUUCAUUAAUAUUAUUUAUUCUUUUGUAAAUCUGUUCUGUUCACAGCAGGGCCGGUGUUUCUUCAUAGUCACAAAGCGCUCACCAGAAGACCAAAAUGUGGAUUAUUUGUAGUAUGUUCAUGUACAGAUGGUCUGUUUUGGAUCUAUACUAAACGUUGCAGAUUGUGCAGAAUUUGCACUCUUUUUUUAUACAUAGAAUAAAAUUUAAACACUAACCAUUAA